AUGAAUAAUAAUGAUCAAGAUGGAUACGAUGAAACACUUUAUAAGUUCGCCGAAUACAGAGAGACAAAUGUUCGUCAACCUGUUGAACACUACACGAUUCAUAAUUGUAUGUUGAAACAAUUUCUAGACAAAGAUGGUCUUCUGACAGGAAAACGUGUUCUUGAUUUGGCAUGUGGCCAUGGUUACUAUACACGUGAAUUGAAAGCAUUAGGAUGCUCUUACAUUCUCGGCAUUGAUGAAAGCCCAACAAUGAUUGCACUUGCUCGCGAUAGUAAAUGGCAUUGUUCGGAAGAUAUCGAGUAUAUGGUUGCCGAUGUAAAAUCAUUACCCCCAUUGCAAUCAUCAUUUGAUUUAAUAACCGCAUUCUAUCUAUUUGACUAUGCUCAAACAAGCGACGAACUACUUUCAAUGGUACGCUUUAUAUACGCACAACUUGGCGAAUCCAAAACGUUCAUUGGUGUUAUAGGCAACGUUACAGGUGGCAAAGACAUGUUUAACAAUAGAAAAUAUGGUAUUACAAGAGAAACAAAAUUACCGUUCGAUGGUGAUUUAUUACCGGAUAGCACGGAAAUCAUAGUCACCAUGUAUGACACUCAAGACAUGCCAAUGUGUAGCUUUUCGAACUAUCAUUAUUCUCCAACAACAUAUGAGCAAGUAUUCAAAGAAGUUGGCUUUAAAACAUUUCAAUGGGUACCAUACCAGUGCGAUCCAAAUGAUCCUAACGGAACAUUUUUUGAAGAUUUAAUUCACAACGCUCCGUCGAUUGGUAUAAUCGCAACAAAAUAA